GAAAUGUACUACAAAAACUGGGCCAUUAUUGCCAUCCUACUAAGUCCCUAAGAACAGGCCCACUAUCUGUGCCCAGCUUAGAAUAGUUUGGGAUGCUAGACUAUCCAAUCUUAAUGGGUUUGAAAUCAUCUUCCAGAUAGACUAUUCAUAAACCGAAAUCCUUAAACCCUCAAACUCUCAAAAACCUUUUCUGAUUCAGUACUGAACUAAGCAUGAGCGGAAAAAAUGGCUUCCCUUGUUAGUAGUCAAAGUUUCUGAAUAUUAACAAGGCACUGCCAUAUUCAGCUGAGAUUUCAAUGGUAAAAGAGCAAGAAUCUAAUAAGAGUACAGCUAUGGCGAACGGUGUCAUGAGUAGAGGAAGCGAGAACGAAAUCAAUUCAGGGAUUUUUGAUAAAUCAAUUUGGGGAAACUUGGGUACUGGUAUUGGGGAAAUGAAGGCUGAAAAGAAUCAGCCAUUAAUCGAGUAUGAAUGAACCGAGCUAGGGCUGUAUUCAACUCUUUUGGACUUGCCCAUUUGCUCCUCUCGACUCGGUUCAGCUCCAUUAAUCGACCGAUUUGUUCCCAGGUGACUCAGUUCUCUCACUACUUUCUGUCUACUUCAAAUCAACAUUUUAGUUCUCUUCUCGUCAAUACCUAUCCAAGGCUUUUCUUUUGUUCCAAGACCCACUCUGUGGUGGAACUCGUGUUGGGUAAAGAUUGGUGUUCUGAGUUGGAGAACGAGUUAGAGAAUUUUAACCAAGAGUGGACUCACGGGACAGUCAUUUACGUUUUGAGGAGUUUGGACAAAGACCCACAAAAAGCUUCGGAUUUCUUCUUCUGGGUUUGUGAAAAACGUGGGUUUAAACCGAAUUUUUUGAUAUAUAAGCUGGUUCUUAGAAUUCUUGCUCACAAGGAAUCAAUGAAACGCUUUUGGAUUGUGCUUAUGAGAAUGAAGAUUGCAGGGUUGUACAUUGAUGAGGAAACUUAUUUGGAAAUUCUGUUGCAACUGAGAAAGAAAAACUUGGCAAGUGAUGUUGCUUUCCUGACCCAAUUUUACAAUUCAACUAUUCAAGAGAACGCCAUGGAUGGUGUUGUGAAGAAGUUUGUAAAUAUUAUUACGGGAUCAAGCUGGGGCUACAGGGUUGAGAGACAAUUAGAGGAGCUCAAUGUCGUCUUCUCAGAUAGUAUUGUAGUAAUGGUACUGAAGGAACUUAGAAAGUACCCAUUAAAAGUGGCAAGGUUUUUCCGUUGGGUUGCUCAAUUUCCAGGCUAUAAACACAACAGUGUUACAUAUAAUGCAUUUGCUUGGACACUUGCUCGGCCUGGCAAAUAUAAAGAAUUUUGGAAUGUGAUAGAGGAAAUGAAAGGUAUUGGGCAUGAAAUGGACAUUGAUUCUUACAGAAAGAUUUCAAGGCAGUUCUUGAAGCACAAAAUGAUGGUGGACGCUGUGAAACUUUAUGAGUAUGUAAUGGAUGGCCCAUAUAAGCCCUCGGUUAAUGAUUGCUGCAGGCUUUUACGCAGCAUCUCAGUAAGUUAUAAUCCAGACCUGAAUUUGGUGUAUAGAGUUCUAAAGAAACUUGAGAAUACUGAAUGUACCAUUUCUAAGACUGUUUAUGAUUGGAUUCAUAGGUCUUUGGCAAGUGCGGGAAGAUUUAAUGAAGCAGAGAAGAUAGUAAAGGUCAUGAGAAACGCAGGAUUCGAGCCCGACAACAUCACAUACAGCCAGGUGGUCUUUGGUCUUUGCAAAGCAAAGAGACUUGAAGAAGCCUCUAAGAUCCUGGUUGAGAUGGAAGAAAGUGGAUGUACGCCAGAUAUUAAAACUUGGACCAUUUUAAUUCAAGGUCAUUGUGUUGCUGGCGAAGUCGACAAGGCAUUAGUUUGGCUUUCAAAGAUGAUGGAAAAACAUCUUAAUGUUGAUGCUGAUUUGUUGAAUGUUUUAAUAGAUGGCUUCCUUUGUCAGAGGAAGAUAGAAGCUGCGUAUACUUUUUUGAUAAAGAUGAUAGAUAAACUGGGCUUAAGACCCUUGCAGGUUACAUACAGAAAACUCAUCGAAAAGCUGUUACGAGUGAGGAAAUUUGAAGAAGCAUUGUUCCUACUUCGGCUAAUGAAGCAAGAGUACCAACCCUAUCCGGAUCCAUUUUCUGACUACAUAUCCAAGUUUGGUACUGUUGAGGAUGCUGUUCAAUUUCUCAAGGCAUUGACUCUCAAGGAUUAUCCAUCCCCUUCAGCCUUUGCUCAUGUUUUCAGAUCAUUACUUCGAGAAGGCAAACACUCUGAGGCCAAUGAUCUACUUUGCAAGUGCCCUCAUAAUAUUCAGCAAGAUUUUGAAAUUUGCAGAAUUUUUGGCUCUAUUCAUAGAAAGUCUGCAAUUGUAGAACAAUGUGCAGAUGGAUUAAAUUUGUAACAUCUGAUUAAAAUAAAAUAUAAUUUGAUUUACAACUACGUUGGUAGAAAUAUUUAUUACUUGUGUACAUUAAGAAUAUCAUUUAGCUCAGACUUCAGAUA